GCUCAGCCGCAGCUCACAGCCAAACGAAGACAUGGCGCGUUGAGUGUGAAGGUAGCACAGUGUCGGCCAUGGGUCAUCCAGACACAGCCGGACAAUGUGGACCAAUUUCUUCAAACUACGAGUCUUCUGUUGUCUGUUUGCAGUGCUGAUGGUGGUGGUGCUGGUCGUCAAUAUCACUCAGGUGGAGUACCUGGACCAUGAGGCUCUCUCUGAGAUAUUCAUCGAUAGCAGCGGACAGUAUAUCUCCUCGCAGGCUACAGGCGUCACCCGGAAUCCGUACUGUGGCUAUGAGCACCAGACCCUGUCCAGUCGGGAACGUUUGGAGGAGGAUGCACUGCUUGCUGCCUCAAAGUGGCAGACGCCGGAUGUGGGGCCGGUCCCGUUUGUGAAGAGCACCGACCCUUCGUCCAGCUACUUUGUCAUCUUGAACUCUGCAGCCUUCUUCAGGGUGGGGAGCCAGCUGGAGGUGCUGGUUCACGUGCAAGAUUUUCAAGGGAAGCCCAAGACAUACGGAGGAGACUACCUGCACGCCAGAAUACACUCGCCUAAGCUGCUGGCAGGGGCUGUGGGCAGAGUGGUAGACUACCAGAAUGGAUUUUACAAAGUCUUUUUCACUUUGCUCUGGCCGGGCAGAGUUAGAGUGUCCAUAUCUCUGGUUCACCCCAGUGAAGGGAUCAGAGUUCUUCAGCAACUGCAGGAACAGAGACCAGACAGGGUCUAUUUCAAGAGUCUCUUCCGGUCGGGAAGGAUUUCUGAAACAAUGACGUGCAAUGUGUGUCUCCCUGGAAGUCUUCCCCUGUGCAACUUUACAGACCUCUACACUGGAGAGCCCUGGUUCUGCUUCAAACCAAAAAAGCUCCCCUGCAGCAGCAGAAUCAACCAUUUUAAGGGCGGAUACACGAAGGGCCUCCUCUCUACCAAGGACAGUGCUUUCUUUCAGAGUGGUGUCAAUAUCAAAAUGCCAAUCAACUCCAGUGGACCUGACUGGGUGACUGUGAUUUCCAAGAGAAUAAAAGAAACUGAUGCCCUAGAAGUAUCUCAUGGCUCAGGAACUUUUCCUUCUGGAUACUUCUACAAAAACCAGUGGAGGCCCAGAAGGUUUAAGAUGCGCCAUUUUAAUGACCCUGACAACAUUACAGAAUGCUUGCAAAGAAAAAUGGUGUACUUAUUUGGUGACUCAACAAUCAGGCAGUGGUUUGAAUACCUCACUACAUUUGUUCCAGAUUUAGUGGAGUUUAAUUUGGGUAGUCCCAAGAACGUGGGUCCCUUCCUUGCAGUGGACCAGAAACACAAUAUCUUGCUCAAAUAUCGCUGUCACGGGCCACCCAUCCGCUUCUCCAGCGUCUUUAGCAAUGAGCUCCGUUAUGUGGCGAAUGAACUGAAUGGGAUUGUGGGAGGGAAGAACACAGUGGUGGCCAUAGCUGUAUGGUCUCACUUCAGCACAUUCCCCUUGGAAGUAUAUAUCCGGAGGCUCAGGAACAUCCGACGAGCAGUGGUCCAACUCUUGGAUCGCAGCCCUAAGACUGUGGUUGUCAUCCGUACAGCCAAUGCCCAAGAGCUGGGGCCUGAGGUGAGCCUUUUCAACAGCGACUGGUACAGCUUUCAGCUGGACACGGUCCUGCGGAGGAUGUUUUCAGGGGUUGGCGUCUAUCUCGUGGAUGCCUGGGAGAUGACCUUGGCUCAUCAUCUGCCCCACAAGCUGCAUCCAGAGGAGGUGAUUGUAAAGAACCAGAUGGACAUGUUCUUAUCUUACGUCUGCCCCUUGGAGACCUAGCCGUCAUCAAGUACGCCGAGGAAUCGCCUUUAGUGACUUUGCCAGCUGACCCGUAGCAUAGGAAAUUUGUGAUAGCUUUACUGUGAAGUGGAUGCUACCAACCUGUUUGACAUUUCAAAACAGAGCUGUACUUUGCAUAAUGACUCGUAAAGGACUCCCAGCGCAGACUGCUUUUGUAUCUACCUGUAGGGCUUCUCCAUCUUAACUUAAGCCAUCGUAGAGCUCUGAUUUACAGCGUCUACACACUGUAUUGCCCUUGUAACCAAAGACA